AUGUUCAGCUUGAAUAAUGCACAGCAAAAGGAACGCUCAGCUAGAGAGUGGUUGAGCUUGAAUAAUACUCAGCCGAAGGAACGCUCAGCUAGAGAGUGGUUGAGCUUGAAUAAUGCACAGCAGAAGGAGCGCUCUGCUUGUAAAAAGUUCAACUUGAAUAAUGCUCAGCUGAAGGAACGCUCAGCUCAAGAAAUGUUCAGCUUGAAUAAUGCUCAGCUGAAGGAACGCUCAACUCAAGAAAUGUUCAGCUUGAAUAAUGCUCAGUUGAAGGAACGCUCAGCUAGAGAGUGGUUGAGCUUGAAUAAUACUCAGCCGAAGAAACGCUCAGCUAGAGAAAGGUUCAGCUUGAAUAAUGCACAGCAGAAGGAACGCUCAGCUUGUAAAAAGUUCAACUUGAAUAAUGCUCAGCUCAAGAAAUGUUCAGCUUGA